UCUGAAGCUGAGUUGAUUACCAGACAACUGUUACCCGAUUUACAGGUAUGCUGUAUAAUAACCUACAACGGAGAUAAGAGGUUAGGUUUUUUCGCGCGAUUGCGGCAAACGACACUCAACCGAAGCAUUGUCGGCGCCACGCCACGCCACACCAUACCAACCAUUCGCUCGUCCGCCGCCGGCUCGCACGCCUGGCGCCUGCACACGCCACCGCGUGUUUCCGACUACUAAUUUUAACUUACCGUCAAUGGUGUUUGUGAGCCUAGCAGAAUUCCUGAAACACAAAGAAGAGUACCUUAACACCACACACCAUGGACAAGGAUCGCGCUUUAGAAGAAAUGAUGGGAAAGCUCGGUGAUUUCGGGCGGUACCAAUGUUUUCAAUUUAUUCUGCAUAUCCUUGCUGCUAUGACGGCUGGUAUGCAUAUGCUGUCUUUAGUGACAGUGGCCGCAGUACCGGAUCACAGAUGCUUCCUACACGGAAUUGACAGCUACAAUGCCACAAAUUCAUGGAACUCUUCUUUGGUAAUGGCAGCUAUUCCAGUGAAUGAAAAUGACAAAUUUGAUUCGUGCAGAAUGUACACAAGGAACCACACAUCUACGGCGGAAUGUGAAUCUUGGGUUUACAACACGCAGUACUUUUCUUCUUCUAGGGGUAUUGAAUGGAAUUUUGUAUGCAAUCAGCGUUGGAUGGGCGCUAUCGCUCAAACCGUUUACAUGUUUGGCGUUGUGGGUGGCUCUCUCAUAUUUGGUCGAGUAUCUGAUAAAUAUGGAAGGAAAACUGCCUUUGUAUGGUCUGGAGUUAUGCAAUUGCUGCUCGGAGUUUUGGUUGCAUUAACAAAUGAAUACUACUCUUUCUUAGUUGUCAGAUUUAUAUAUGGAAUAUUUGGAUCGGGAGCAUAUAUUACUGGAUUCGUAUUAACGAUGGAACUCGUCGGACCAAGCAAACGAACAAUUUGCGGGGUUACAUUUCAAGUAAUGUUCGCAAUCGGGAUUAUGUUAGUUCCUGCUUGGGGAUAUUUAAUUGAUAAUAGAUUUUACUUGCAAAUACUGUAUGGUCUGCACGCAGCUCUGUUACUUCCGCACUGGUUUAUAAUGGACGAGUCCCCAAGGUGGCUUUGGUCACAAGGCCGUGCUCGAGAAUCGGUCGCAAUAAUUGAAAAAGCGUUGAAGAUGAACGGUAUAACCGAGAACAUAGAUACGUCUUCUUUAAUUUCACAAUGUAAAGCGACAAAUGCAAAAUAUUCAGAUGAACAAUCUGCGGGCACGAAUGAUCUUUUCAAGACUCCAAGAAUGUUGAAGAAAACUCUUAUAAUUUGCGGAUGCUGGUUCACAAACUCCGUUGUCUAUUAUGGGAUUUCAUUGAACGCUGGAAAAUUAAAUGGAAACCCAUAUUUUCUUAUGUUCUUAAUGGGUAUCGUAGAGUUACCUAGCUAUGUAAUUAUAACUUACUUCUUGGACCGGGUUGGACACAGAGCUCUUAUUAGUACAAUGAUGUUGCUAGGUGGAAUAGCAUGUUUGGUUAUAUUCUUUCUUCCUCAUGGAUCUAUAACUACCACUGGAAUGGUGAUGGUAGGAAAGCUUUUCAUUUCAGGUUCAUUCUCUAUUAUUUACAAGUAUUCUGCAGAAUUAUUCCCGACCGUUGUUCGUAGUUCUGGAGUUGGUCUGGGCAGUAUGUGCGCCAGUGUGUCCGGAGCUUUAACCCCCCUGAUAAAUUUAUUAGAUACCCUAAAUCCCAAGAUUCCGACUAUUUUAUUCGGAUUUUUGGCUUUAUUCUCUGGGUUCUCUACUUUCUUCUUACCGGAAACCAUUGGCCGCCACUUACCCCAAUCUCUGGAAGAUGGAGAAAAAUUCGGAAUCGGCGACAAUUGUUUCACCAACUGCAGUGGUCAGCCACUGACUGAUAGUAUUCCCGAUAUUCCUGAGACCAUGGUUCCUCUAGAUGAAACCAAGAAAACAAAGGAAUAAUUGAACUAGGAACGUGUAACAUACAUAAUGUAUAAUUUUAAAGUAAAAUUUCAGCUAAUAAGCAUAAAGUUUCCGCAAUGUUUUUAAAGAAAAUUGAUACGAACACUAAAAAUGGAAAAUGUGCCAAAAUAUAUUUACUACCAACUUUUUAAAACAAAUUAGAUUACAAAAACGUAUAGUGGGCACCCAACGCAAAUUUAUUUAUCUACAACAAAAAUAAAAAGCAACUAUAUAUAUUAUAUAUUAUUAUUAAAUUAGGCAGAGAUUACUUGAAGAACUUUUAGAUAUUUAUCAAGCUUAAGGUUGUCUAGUCAACAAUACAAAUAAGCAAGAUCGGUGCUCUAGAACAUUUGCAUGAAGACUGGCUGAUAUAAUAAUAUAUCAUAUUCAUAUGACGAAAAAGCAGGUUCUAUAUGUGCAUCAUUAGAUGUAAUAAAUUCAAAAGAGACUUAAGCCAUUCUAAUCAUUGUCGUAGUUUUAAUAAAAUAGUCUUAAGCAUAGGAAUUAAUUAGUCUUUACAUUUAUUGUGUAGAGAUAAAAUUGCCUUUCAGAGACUUUGAGGUGUUCAUUUUUUAGUGAAAUGUAUAUUGCUUUAAAAUUAUACUCUUUUAAAUAGGAAUGUAGAAAACUAUAGAUUACCUACUAUUGUUAAUGUAUUGUUGAAAUUAAAUUAUCUUAAUUAAAAUAUAUGUAGAAGUAAACGAAAAUAAGUUCGACUGUAAUAUGAAUAUGUGUCCAGCAAUCGAAUUCGAUAAUUUGGUAGAUAUGUCUUAAACAUAAACCAGUAGUAGCUGUUGAUAUUUCGUUAUAUUCGAUUUGAUAAAAUACGGCAGCAUUAAUCAUAUAUUUCAUUCGAUAUUCACUCACAUACCGACCGAAUCGGGUCUGAAAAAAGUCGGAGACUAGUGCUGCUUUCGCUAAAGGUAAAGUAAAAAUAAUCACAACUAAAUUAAUGGCUUUAUUUAUCUCAGAGUACGUAAAGUAGCCUCAUAAUAAUGGGCUUUUCGCCAGAUUGACGGAUUCACAUUAAAUAAAUCAAUUAAAACAACUAUAGUCUCUUUGAUAAAUGAUGUUAUGGACACAACCUUAACACUUUUAUAUGUAGUGUUCUACUAUAUAAUAUGUAAUAGUUUUUAGUUAAAUUUAAUUUUUUGUACAAUGACAGCAACACCGAAACAAUACUCAAAUAAGUUCCUCAAUGCAAAGAACAUUUUUAACAAUAUUUAUUCUGUUCAAAUUAUGAAAAAAGGUGAAGUGCAUAUUUCUAAAUUUCAGAAUUUAUUUUUUAACCUAAGCAUUUUAAUGAUUUUUAAUUGUGUGCGAUGUAGAUUGUUGCUUGAAUCGCACAGGCUUGACCGUACUUUUUCUAAGAAAAUUCUUACUUAGUCCGUGUUCAUGAAACAUCCAAAAAAAAUUGAUUUGUGUUAAUACUUGUAGUAGGAUGUACUGUAAGCCUGCGCGUCUAUGAACCACACCCUGUUGGUUCGGCCGCCAAGAAUUGCAGUGGCUAAUUAGUCAUAAGAAACAAUUGAGGCUUCGACGCCAUUACUCAAGACGAGUAUUGGCAUUCCCGUUGGAAUGUAUGUAUAUCAGUUACUAUAAUCACUUAACACUAGUUGGGCCAUGAAUUCGUGCACCAGUCUUAUACAUCUAAAAGUAAAUAAUAACAAUACAAUGAUUUCGAAAUCGUAAGUUGCCAAAGCCCCGCGACAUUCGUGGAAUAGUUUACAGAAAUGACAUUAUCCAAUUUUUAAACUUACUUAAUUAUUAGUUGGUAGGUAAUUCUAUUUACAUUAGAUAAGUAACCGUAGUUAAUGUAGCUAAACGAAAAAGGUAAAACAUAUUUUUAUUCAAUAACUUAGAGCGAAAUCAUUUUCAAUAGUAUAUUCAAAAUGCCACUAAUUAAAAUUUAAAAUAUUUAAACCUUUUAACAUGAAAAUAAUUUUGUAGUAGGCAGCGGUUCGGCUGUAUUGCUGAUACCCAUGAGCAACGGUGACCUCUUGCCAUCAUGUAGGCGGUAUGACUAUCUGCCUACCAAAGCAUUAAAAAACAUGGAAACGAUUGGUAUAGUAAUUGUACAUCGUGCUGGAUAGCGGGUGCUUACCACGUUUACGUAUACAAAAAAAUUUCAUUAUACUAUGUACUUAGUACAAAUAUUCACUUUUCAACUUUUUGAAACGUAAAGUAAGUAUGAACAAGAAACCGAUUGCCAUACUGAAAUAAAGAAGAAGACGACGGGCUGUUAACAGCAGAGAAUUCAAUAAUGAGUUAAUUUAGUUAAAUAAAUAUAAAUAUUAUUAUUGUUAUGACAAUAAAGCUUAAAAUAUAUAUUUAAAUAAACGCCAACUAUCAUUAAUGACAAGGUAUUUUAUACAACCAUCCUUUGACAAAAAAAAAAUUGUACGUACAAUGCUAAAGGUGCUAUAUUUCUUGUACAUUCAAUAUAAACAAAUGUUAGGCAUACUCGUAGUACGAGGAAUAUGAGCGCAUGACGUUCACUUUAAAUUAAGCAUUAGCUUUACUAAAAGACAAUAUUAAGACGAGGCAUUUACCUUUAGAAUGUAAGCGUUUUGGUGCUAUAAAUUUUUUGAAACCGUAUAACUAUACUGUAUCUCGUAAGUGUUAAUUUUACUUAAUACAGUUAAUAAAUAUCUUAAAAUGUU